AUGGCACUGGUGGGCGACCUAGAGCUUCAUCCCCAGGAGACCUCGGCGGUUGGGGCUGCGAAUAGCACCAUGGAUGAGGCACGCCUCUUGGCACACACCGUGGUAGCGUGCUUGUGCCGGGACAAAGACGACACUGACCCGGAGCAAGUCAAGAGGGCUGUCUAUUCAUGGCUGGGCGUUUGGGAGGUCGACAUCAAGGUGGUUCGCCACAAAACGGAGGACUUCCUCAUUGAGUUCGAGUGCCCACACCAUCGUGACACGGCGCUGGAUCUGCGUCGCCUCCCUGUAGGCAACAUCGACAUCAGGAUCAUGCCUUGGCGCGUCCUCCCCUACGGCGACCACUAUGACCUUCGGCACCACGUCUGCAAUUGCCUUGAGGGCAUUCCCCUCCAUGACUGGAACGAAAACAUUGCCAAGCGCAUGACGUACAACCCAUCCGACAUACCAAAGGAAAUGUGGCUUACACUAACCGGGGAUGCAAUGAUAGCACAUGAUGGUCCUACUCCUCCGAGGGGGAGCCGAGGACUCACCAUCAAGGUCCUGGUCCACCUCGACCUCAUUGAGUCCCCAGUGGAUGACUACGGUAGAACCUCAACUCCUGAGCUCAAGUGGCACUAUGGCAUCGUUGACGACGAAUAG